GGUGCGCAAGAGUCGCGCGGUGAGAACGUCCGGUGACCAGUGAAGUGAGGUGAUUACGCGUUUAUUUUGAACCGUGUAGCAGUAGAAGAUGAAGGUGCUCCGUCACGCGCUGACGGCGGCGUUGCUGCUGGGCAGCGCUCGCGCGUCCAACGAGACCUCCACCGACGCCUGCGAGCCCUUCCUCUGGGGCUCGCUGCUGGAAGACUGGGCCACCGCGCCGGGCUCAACCGGGAGGCAGGGUCGGGUAAUGUCUCUGCCGCCAACCAAGGGUUACUACGUGUCGGAGCGCAUGGACCUGAUGCCGCCGCCGCCGCCCGCCCUCCAGCAGGGCCCGGCCUACGCGCCCUACGACGAGUGGCAGGCCGCGCCGCCCGCCCCGGGGCCCGAUGGCAAAAUCGUCAACAGGCCCCCCAACCCCUAUAAGGACAAGUUCAAGCCCAGCUAUCCGCCGCCGUCUCAAAACCUGCCCAUACCUCUGCAGCAGCCUCAGCCACCGCACCAGCAGCAGCUAUACCAGCAGCCGCCGCAUCAACAGCAGCAUCACCAGCAGCCAUCAUACCAGCAGCAACAACACCAGCAGUCGCCACAUCAGCAGCCACCACACCAGCAGUCGCCGCAUCAGCAGCCACCAUACCAGCAGCCGCCACACCAACAGUCGUUACACCAGCAGUCGCAAUACCAGCAGCAGCAUCAGCAGCGGCCGGCCGCGGACCGCGUGGACGCGCCAGCGACGCCGCCCAAGCAGGUGUCGGAGACGGACCUGUACCUGCUGACGGCCAUCGAGAAGCUGGUGUACCGCGUGGACCUCAUGGAGAAGCGCCUGCGCAAGCUCGAGGACGCCGUGCACUACCUCGUCGUCGGCAAGGACACUAAGCCAGAGCCGUGCUCGGCUAACUUCACGCGCGUGGGCGCGGGCUGCUACCAUUUCUCGGGCGAGGCGGGCGACUGGAAGGCGGCCAGCCUGCGCUGCCGCAAGCUGCGCGCGCACCUGCUCGAGCUCGACUCGGCCGACGAGAAGCGCGCCGUGCUCUUCUCGCUGCUCGCCAACAAGAAGCUCAAAGGAAUUUAA